GAUCUCCCUCUCUCUCUCUCCGUCCGCCGCUGUGUCUUUCAUUCUUUCACUUCAGUUAAGCAAACGGAUAUAACCAGCAUACGCGGCUUUGCUCUGCUUCUAAUUUCCGAAACUUUUCUUUCUACCCUUCUGGACAUUUUCUUCCUCUGCGUCCCAAAAACUCAAAAACCCAAUAAAAAAUGCCACGUUUUAGAUCAAACCCACCUAAAAGUUUGCUCAUUUUUCUCACUUUUGGCCUCGUCGUUGCUUUCACUUCAGCAAGCUCUCACAUUUCCCACACAGGUGGUGGGAGAAGGGAUGGUGAUGCUAGUGGGUCGGUCGUAUGGGAAACAAGGAGGUCGCUUGCAGACGGAACUGCCCAGAACUCGUCUUUGCUGUUGGCUGAGGACAGGACGCGCAGGAAGGACCCGCUUGAUAGUUUUAAGAAGUACAACGGUGGGUGGAAUAUCACCAAUAAGCAUUACUGGGCUUCUGUUAGUUUCACUGCGGCUCCCUUCUUUGUCGUUGCUGCUGUCUGGUUUGUGAUUUUCGGGCUAAGCUUGUUCAUUAUCUGUCUCCGUUACUGCUGUUGUCCAAGAGAGCCUUAUGGCUAUUCUAGAACAUGCUAUGCUCUGUCGCUCAUCUUACUUAUUUUGUUCACCCUUGCGGUAAUUGUUGGAUGCAUUGUUCUGUACACUGGUCAGGAAAAGUUCCACACAAGCACAUCGAAGACGCUGCAUUAUGUUAUGAGUCAGGCGGAUACUACUGUUGAAAGCCUCAGAAAUUUGUCAGGUUAUCUUGGUGCAGCUAAGCGGAUUGGGGUUGAUUCUGUAUUUCUCCCUUCAGAUGUUCAGAGUAAAAUUGACAAUAUUAUAACAAAGAUCGACUCUGCUUCCAGCACACUUGAUGAUAAAAGUGAAAAGAACUCAAAGCGUAUACAACAUGCCUUGGAUAGCGUGAGACUGGCUCUCAUUAUUCUUGCUGCUUUUAUGCUCUUUUUGGCCUUGCUCGGAUUUUUAUUUUCCGUUCUUGGGAUGCAAGCCCUUGUAUACUCCUUGGUGAUUGUUGGGUGGGUACUUGUUGCGGGCACAUUCAUAUUAUGUGGUGUCUUUCUCGUUCUCCAUAAUGUGGUUGCAGAUUCAUGUGUUUCCAUGGAUGAGUGGGUCCAGAAUCCCACAUCUCACACUGCAUUAGAUGAUAUCCUCCCAUGUGUGGACAACGCUACUGCCCAAGAAACCGCGACACGCACCAAGGAUGUAACCCGCCAACUUGUUACCGUGGUUAACCGUGUCAUCAACAAUGUCUCAAAUGUUAAUUACCCACCUAGCGCUGGACCAUUAUAUUUUAAUCAGUCUGGCCCACUAUUACCUCUUCUUUGCAACCCUUUCAAUUCCGAUCUCUCUGAUCGACCGUGUGCACCUGGUGAAGUGGAACUGGAGAAUGCCACCCAGAUAUGGAAGCGUUAUGUCUGCGAGGUUUCUGCCACUGGUAUCUGUACGACAGUUGGCCGAUUGACUCCGAUCUUCUAUAGCCAAAUGGAAGCUGCUAGAAAUGUGAGUUACGGUCUGUAUCGAUAUGGUCCAUUCUUGGUUGAUCUGCAAAACUGCAAAUUUGUUAGGGAUGCAUUUACCGACAUACAUCAACAUAAUUGUCCUGGUCUGCGAAAACAUAGUGGCUGGAUCUACAUUGGGUUAGUAAUGGUAUCUGCAGCUGUGAUGUUGUCGUUGGUCUUCUGGGUGAUCUAUGCAAGGGAGCGAAGGCAUCGAGUGUACACUAAAAAGUUUGCACCUGCUAGAACAACUGGGGAAUUCGAAGACAAGGGUGCUUAAAACGUUUUUCCAUAUAAAAACAUGGACGUAGUUGGGUAAAAAUAUGUUUUCGUCCACUUACAUCCGAGUGAUUUUACCCUUGAGUUCUUUUGUACAUUAUGGUGGUUAAUCUUUAGGUUUUAUAUUCAUUACUCAUUUGUGCUUCCACAGAAACUCCAUUGGAGAUAGUAAUAUUCUGGAGCUAUCAUUCUAUUACAUUUUAUAUGUCCAAUAAACAAUGCCCUUUACAAUCUACA